UCAGUUAAUAGUCUUAAAAAACUUAGAAUUUAAGGAUUUUGCGGAUUUCUAAUUCUAUUUUUUAUUGAGUUAUUAUAUUAUAGAUCAGUGGGGAUUUGUUUGGGUUGUUUUUAAGUUGUUAUACCGUUUCCGUUCGCUCAGUGUUAUUGACGUGUGUACGCAUUUAAUUAGACGCUAUGGAAAAAUAUCUCGGCAAGAAAUACAAGUUAAAAACAUCGGAAAACUUUGAGGAAUACUUAAAAUUUAUUGAGGUGGGGCUGAUAUCGAGGAAGUUGGUCCAAGCGUUGUCACCCGAAUGUGUUAUCACAAGAAACCAAGAUGGCUCCUACUCUUUGACAAUGACGACGCCGAUUCGAAAAGUUGUAAUCACCUUCAAAAUUGGUGAAGAGUUUAAUGAACAAAGACCUGAUGGAGUUGAGGUGAAAUCAGUAAUGCGUAUGGACGGCAGCUCUCUUAUUCAAAUUCAAAUAGAAGAUAAUGGUAGAAAAUCAACACACAUCAGAGAAUUUUCCGAUAAAACACUGACUGUGACAACAACCGCUGAUGGUUGGGAUGGAAGAUGUAUACGGAUAUACGAAUUAGUUGAAUAGAUAUAGCCGACACCUGAUUAAUAUAAUUAAUUACUCGUACUGUGAUUUGAAUUAAUAUAAUAUAAAGUAGAGUUUUGUAGUGAAA